AUGGUAAGUGAUCGUUUUGAGACACCGUUUAAGAGAGAAAAAUGUCAAGAAAGAGAAGGAGGGCGAGUCGGACAAGGAAACAAAGACGGAAGAAGAUAAGAAGAAAACGAACGUCGAAAUGCCACCGAUACCGCCGACCGUUCUGACGAUGAAAGUCUCGUUUACAUUCAAGAUUUCUGAUGUGAAUACCGAAAAUCUGUGAUUCGUUGAUGUUUUGAGUUUUAGAAAGAUGUCGGGAAAGCUGCGAACGAAGUGAUCCAACUGGAAGACGACAUGACCGUUUUGUUCGUUUCUAAAAAUUCAUUUUUCAACGGAUUUAUCUUGGGUAGCAGAAGGAUUUGAAGUGUCAAAAGAGCAUGGAAAUUCAGGAGACAAACUGAUAAAAGUGAACGACACGACAGAGAAGGAGAAAUGUGUGCUGGAGCUGCUGAAAGGAGAGAGCACGGUGGAAGUGAUGAGGAGAAAAGGGGCGAUUCCGGUGACGAAGGAGAGAAUGACAAAGAAUAAGUACCAAGUGAGGGACGGGUGCGCUUGCUUCCUUCUGGAAGUGGAGAGAGUGAGAUUUGAUAUUAAACUGUUGCGGACUCUACAUCAUUUGUUGCAGUUGCCCAACAUGACGACGACAUCCGUUGGAAUCCGAUGCGUCAACAGGCAGAACCGAGCCAUCGUGGUGAUGGUGAGCAGAUACAGACCACUCAAAUUUCAUGUUCGGAUUGCUUUUCAGGUGGAACCGAACGGAAUCGUGUCUCCGUUCGUCGGCAUCGGGGACAAAAUAGUUGAGUUUGACGGUGUGCGGCUUCCUAAAAAAGGCGGUAUGGACGCGGAGAAUGCGUUUGUUCGAGAACAACUCUCAAAGUUGGGAGCCGGGAAGAGAGUGGAGUUGCUCGUGGAAAGGCCGAUUUCUGAGUCUCAAAGGGCCAUAUUGUACCAUUAUAUUUCCACUGUGACAAGCAGCAAUGACGUUAAGAAAAUGGCGAAAGACGCGGUGGACAUUGGAAAGGUGAGCAGCAAAUGCAGGAAAAAUGAGAUAAUAGUUUAUUUAGGAAGCGAGCCGAAUGCACUUUCUUGUGCUCAAAAAGAUCAAUCCAACGAGCAUCCUUUCUUUGGAUGUUCGCAAAACGAAAAAGACGAAUAAGAAGACGAAUGACGCGAGCAGCAGUAGCAUCAGCAUUUCCGUGGGUCACUGUAGUUUUGAUAGGAGAUUAGUUGGAAAUUCAGACGUCGUCGGCCGAGAUGAAGAUUCGCAGCGACGCGUUGGAACCUCUGAAACCUGUCGUUCAGAAGAGCCACGCUCUGAUCAACGAGCCCGAAGACUGGGAUGACGGCCAGGAAGACGAGUUUGACGCCAAUAAUGACUAG